AUGAACGCUUUGCACUUGCCACAAAAUAGGAAGCAGGAGGAGGAGGAGGAGGGGCGCGAAGUCCUUUCUGUUCAUAUUGGCCAAGGAGGAGUGCAAAUAGGCAAUGCAUGCUGGGAAUUGUAUUGCCUGGAACAUGGAAUUCAACCGGAUGGCAUGCUUCCUUCCGAUUCUUGCACAAAUGAUGAAGGAUUUCAAACAUUUUUCAGUGAAACUGGAGGCGGAAAAUAUGUCCCCAGAGCUGUUUUUCUCGAUCUCGAACCAACUGUUAUCGACGAAGUGAGAACAGGAACGUACAACAAAUUAUUUCAUCCGGAACAAUUGAUAUCGGGUAAAGAGGACGCGGCGAAUAAUUAUGCCCGUGGACAUUAUACGUUGGGAAAGGAAAUGAUUGAUUUGGUAUUGGAUAGAAUACGAAAAAGUGCAGACAUGUGUAAUGGUCUACAGGGUUUUCUCAUAUUUCAUGCAUUUGGCGGUGGCACUGGUUCUGGUUUGACGUCAUUGCUAAUGGAACGUCUCUCAGUUGACUAUGGGAAAAAGGCAAAAUUGGAAUUUGCCAUUUAUCCAUCGCCUCAAAUAUCAACGGCAGUUGUUGAACCUUAUAAUGCAAUACUCACCACACACACGACACUCGAGCAUUCUGAUUGUGCAUUUCUCGUUGAUAAUGAGGCCAUCUACGAUAUUUGCCGAAGAAAUUUGGAUAUUGAAAGGCCAACUUAUACAAAUUUAAAUCGAUUAAUUGGACAAAUUGUCUCUUCAAUUACUGCAUCGUUAAGAUUUGACGGUGCAUUGAAUGUUGAUUUGACUGAAUUUCAAACAAACUUGGUCCCCUAUCCGAGAAUUCACUUUCCACUUGCAACUUACGCGCCAAUUGUCUCGUGUGAAAAGGCAAAUCAUGAACAAUUAACAGUAAUGGAAAUGACAUCAGCCUGCUUUGAGACUGCUAAUCAGAUGGUAAAAUGUGAUCCAAGAAAAGGCAAGUACAUGGCGUGCUGUUUACUUUAUAGAGGUGAUGUUGUUCCAAAGGAUGUUAACGCUUCAAUUGCAACAAUCAAGACUAAACGUGCAAUUCAAUUUGUCGAUUGGUGUCCUACGGGUUUCAAGGUUGGGAUUAAUUAUCAACCCCCGACUGUUGUACCUGGAGGAGAUUUGGCAAAAGUCCAACGAGCAAUGGCAAUGCUUGCAAAUACAACAGCUAUCAUGGAUGCCUGGACCCGAUUAAACAGAAAAUUUGAUCUUAUGUUUUCAAAACGAGCAUUCGUACACUGGUAUGUUGCUGAAAGUAUGGAUGAAACCGAAUUUAACGAAGCUCGUGAGGAUUUGGCAGCAUUGGAAAAGGACUAUGAGGAGGUUGGCAUGGAUUCGACAGAAGGCGAAGAAGGAGAGGACGAAAUGUGAAAAGAAUUUAACAUCUGUGUGUGUAUAUAGAAUGUAUAUAUAGCAAAAAUUGCCAUUUAAUUCAACAGAUUGUCGCAAUUCACUGGAUCUCCAAUUUCGCAAUGGGAUGAACGAACAGACCGACCACAUUUUAUUUCAACGUGACACUUUAUUCUAUUUUUUGUUUUCUUUUCUUUUUUACCAAUUUUUGUACUAGAUUUUUUACCCUCUUUUUGUAACAAGUGUCAUUUAAAAAGGAAAUCUGUUAAACUUCUCUUUUUAAUUAACACGA